UGAGAAUGUUCCUACGUACACCAUAUGAUCGGCCCCAUUCUAGUUUGGGCUUACAUAAGCGACGUUUAACAUAGUGGCAGUUCGUGGUCCAGCAUUGCUCACUUGCGCUCAACAAAUGACUUCAGAUAGCGGCCAAGAGAAGACGACAGAAGAAGGCACGAUGACGAUAGGUGAGAGAAAAGCAAAAAUGGAGCAGCUGAGAGCGAAGAUGCGUUCAACGACGAAAGCGAAUCGCGCCUCCCUCAUUGAAGAGUCUUCCAAAGCCAAAAUGACAGCGAGGGAUACUGCACGGUUAGAACGACAGCGGAAACUUGCGGAGGUAUUACGCACGCAGGCUGAAGCUGAGGAUCGGGGAGAGGAUGUGGAGCGGCAGAAGAAUUGGGAAUGGACGAUAGAAGAGAAUGAUAAUUGGGAAAAGAAAAAGGCGAGGAAGGCACGGAGAGCGGACUAUGAGUUUCACGAUGAUGUUCACGCGGCUCGACGGCGCUACAAGAAAGACCUUGACCUUAUUAAACCUGACCUCGUUGCAUACAACCGACAGAAAGAAGCCGUGCUGGGAUUGGCACCAGGGUCUCUUUCAAAGUCUGGGAGCAGCACGCCAUCAUCAUCUGCUCUUACAACCUUUGAUCCUUCAGGCGGCCAGGUGGUUCCAUCACCUGAACAACGGAUGGCUGCAGAGAGCUUUUACAGAGAUGCCAAUACUCUACUGUACGCCGACAACAAGCCUACUGAAGACGCCAUCGAUAGAGUGGUUGGCAAGAUCAACAGAGACAUUGACAAGAAGGGCAAAUUCUCGCGAAAGAGACUCAAUGAGGAUGAGGGCGACAUUACCUACAUCAAUGAGCGGAAUCGGGUGUUCAACAAAAAGAUUGCGCGGUACUACGACAAAUAUACCUCCGAGAUUCGGGCUAGUUUCGAGCGGGGAACAGCACUAUGAUCAUGGACCGUGCUAUUCAAUCCCCUCGCUGCACUUGUAUUCAGACCAUAUACAUCUACUCGAGUACUCGCAUCCUGUAACAAUAUGAAGAUUUAUACUGUUGAUACGCAACUCAGGAUAUGGUGUAAACGGAAUCAAAGCAGUAGAUUCAGUAUGGCCAGCCACAACAACAUAAUAAUACAUGUAAUGCUCUAAACGCAAGCGGACCAGGGGACAAAGAGGUACAGUUGAUGCCUAAAAGAACGAACGUUAGUACUUGAUCAAAUGACGGUCUUGGAAUGCCUGAUAAGUGUCAGAAUUGCAGAAGUAAUGGUAGUCAGCAGCUAGACACAGAGGUCCAUAAGACUGUUGAGCUUGAAUGUGAUAUUUAUUCAUCAAAAGGACCAAGUAGAAUCGAACAUAGAAUAUGAUGGAUAGGAUCACUUACUUGAAAGUUGAGGCUAGCGGCGGGACUGUAG